CUCAUUCAUCAGCGUAUUAAUUACGUAUUUAACGUGAUUAACUAUGAUCUAUAUUAUUUUUCUAUUUUUUUAGAAGGCCUAUUUAAAAUAAGGUUUGUUUAUUCUUCUCCUGUUAACCUAAAUAAAUAUUUACGUGACUGACAUCAACAGAGAUUGGUUUGACUUAGGUCUGAUAGGUUGUAGUUAUUUAUAGUUUAUAGAACAGUUUGCAGAAUUGCAGUGCGCUGUAUAGAAGUGCGGCUGGGCCACACGCUGUUGGAUUAAGUAGUUAUUGUAAAAGACAGAAAUUCCUUUUAAAACAAUGGAUAGUAGCGAGGAAAGUUUUCCAUCUUGCCUCGAUGAAAGCAGCCGAAGGGAAAGUGAAUGGGAGAAGUCGUUAAUGGUACCACCGAAAAUUAUUUAUAGAAUAGGAGUGUAUGGAUGGAGAAAGAGAUGCCUAUACUUCUCUAUAGUCUUUCUAUUGUGUCUUAGUUUGCUUAAUUUUACCUUAUUAAUGUGGAUUGUUAGAGUUAUGGAACUAACACCAAGUGGAAUCAGCAAUUUAAAGAUAUUUAAUUGGGGUAUAAAACUCGAAGGAGAUUGCCUAUUUGAAAAGAAACUGCAAACAUCAAGAAUAAAACCUUCAGAUCCAAAGAAACCAUUAAAAAUUGAUUCUGCUAAGCAAGUUGUAAUUAUUUCAAGGAAUGAGGAUGGAGAAAUACAAAAUAAGCUUACAAUCGGAGAUGAUUCCAUUAGAGUACAAGCAAAGAAUUUCAUUGUUGAAAAUUUAAAUAAUAAAACUUUAUACCAAGCUAAUUCAUCUGAUGUUGUAUUCGGUGCGGAAUCUCUAGAAGUUACUGGAGAUUUAGGGGCUGUUUUUAGAAAGGCUUUAAGAACGAGUAAGCUAACAUCCGAUGAAAACUUAUCAAUUAAAUCCGAUGGAUUUACUCAUUUAAAUGCAAAAGAAAAUAUUAGAAUACAGUCAUCUGGCAAAAUUCAAAUUCGGGCCCAAGGAGAUAUCUCAAUGAUCUCAGGAAAUCAAAUUAAUCUUCAAGCUAAAGAAGUGAUAUUUAAAAAUUUAACAAUUAGUCCAUUCUAUCCAUCCGGUAGGCCUAAUGCUAAAGUCUUACAACUUUGUAUGUGUGGUAAUAAUGGAAAAUUGUUUCUGGCCCACGGUUCCGCAAAAUGUCAGGCUUUCGAAUCAACAUGCUCAUGAUCUUUCUUUCAUUUUUUUCCCCUUUUCAACAAUAUAUUUUAUCAUCUAAUGUGAUUUUCUUUGAUAUUUUGAAUAUUAUUUCGUGUCACAUGACUUGUAUUGUAAUUUUCCUUCAUUAAAAUGUUUAAGUAAACUUUUAAAAAGGAAUUUCCAAGCGGC